AUGUGACUAUAUAUGUUAAUAAAAAAAAUCGCUUCGUCUGUACAGGACCAAACAGCAAACCGAAUUAAGCUUAUAUUGUUUCAAUUAAAAUCCCUAGUUUCAUAGUGACAGUACUUUAUCUUAAGCAAUUAUUUGCAAUCGAAUAUGAUCAAAGUUCGAUCGUUGUUCACAUAAACUUUGCUGUUUACUUUUAUCUAAGCAUGAAACAACGUCAAAUUGUUCAUUUCAAUAUUGUUCGUAGACUGUACGCAGACGACAUUAUUGCCACAGAAUAGUUCUGAAAUGAACACUGUAGAUAAAUCGCAAUACAACUGUUAAUCCGCGAACACGGGGUUUAAAAUGAAACAAGGGAGUUCACUCGCGAUAUACAUGUAACAGUUCAUCCACAUAUAAGGGAAUUAAAUCGCGUUGUAAUACUUGACAACGUCAUAUAUUCGCGAUAAGAUAGUAAACCACAGACUAGGGAGUUUAUCGCAAAAAAAUAGUUUUACCUUGAAAUCAGAGUUAAUUCUUAAAUAAAAUGUAAAUUCACGAAUAAGGGAGUUAACUCGCGAUACAAUAAUAAAUCCCCGAAUAAUCGAUUGUAUUUUAAUAAAAUAGUGAAUCUACAAACAGGGCAUUUAGCUCGGUACAAGAGAACUUAUCACUAAGAGAGUCUUAACUCGCAUAAACAAUAGAUUUAAUUCGCUACUGAAAAGCACAUCUUCAAAAAAUGGAGUUUACUUGCAAUUAAAUAUCUAAUCCUAUCUAAAAGGGAGUUAACUCCCGAUACCGCCGUUUAUCUUCAACCAAGAGAAUUAACUCGCGACUCAUUUGUUGAUUCUCGAACAAGGGAGUUAAAUCGCGACUAUCGACGGAAAAUAGUACACCUUUAAAACAGCGAUUAAAUUUAAUAGUAAUGCCUACGCCGGUUUAAAAAGCUUCUUUCGAUCUAUCCCAGUGAUCGAUAGAUUCAUAAUCGAUCCACCGUUUGGAUAUAUUGGUGUUGUCGAGGCUAGAUGCUAGGUUCUAGCUUCGAGAUAUAGAGCUCGAUGGAAGUCGGAAGUCUGCGGACACAGACCUAGCUGAUUCACAUCCCAAAUAAGCCGGAAAUCAUCCGUGUUCGAAGAACGGUCACGUGAUCUAAGAUGGUAGACUUUCAAUCGCACUUCCGGUUGUAUUCCCAUGGUUACACGUCCCCGGAACUGAAGACACCGGCGCGCACAAACAGAGAUCUCUAUCACGAUGUCGCACCGCACUUGUUUCAACGACGACCAAAAGAGCCGACUUUGUGUUUGCACGACUGCCGUGUGGAGAUGAUCAAGGAUCACGAGGACAAGCGCCAGUGGGAGGCGUGGCUCCUCUCUCAGGGACUGGCCGCCACGUGCCGCAGUGUGGACGACCUGCACUUCAAGGAGCUCGAGAGCCGGCCUGGCGAGGGCAAAAGGAAAAAACCGGACAAGCGGAUUAUUACCGUGGGACUCAAAGGCAAAGGAAAUGGGGACUUCAUCUACCCACGAGGUCUAGCAACUAACGACGACGGCGACAUUCUCGUGGCCGACACCGGAAAUAACCGUAUUCAGGUGUUCAACAAUUUCGGCGUUUUUAAGAAUAAGUUUGGGACAAAGGGGUCGGCGAAAGGUCAGUUUGAUGAGCCGACGGGGGUCACGGUCUUGGCAAAUGGAGACAUCGCCGUCGCCGACAAGAACUAACAAGCGGGUCCAAGUGUUUAAUGAACAUUACGAGUUCAAGUUUGAAUUCGCCACGUGCGAGCCACCAUACGCCAUUGCUAGUGACCGGGAGUUCAACAUCGUUGUUUCUACAACAAGGCGGACGGUCGAAGUGUACAGGAGGGGAGGCAAGCUGCUUCACGCCUUCCCAAUAGGCGGGCUAUCAAAGGGUUUCACGGGAUUCCAUAUAACGCUGAACAAUAAAGACGAAGUGAUUGUGAGUGACCCCAGGGAUUGUAAAAUAAAGUUUUUCUCUUACACGGGUACUCUGCUCUACAGGUUCGAGCCGAUUGCGAACGCGGAAGGACUAACUGUGAUGCCGAGUGGCGUACUACGAACGCCUACGGACCAAAUCAUAGUCGCCGACAGCCUGAACCACACGGUGAACCAGUACACGGAGCGCGGAAUCCUGCUCAAGCAACUGCUCUGUCCGACAGACGACAUCGGAACUGUCCAGGCAUGCGCACUCGGACCGGAAGGUCACCUGAUAACGCUGGAGUAUAGCAUUCUGGGACAGCACAGUAUGAAGAUCUUCCGGUACAGAUCGUGCGAGUGUCACGAAAGCAGACCUAAUUCGAGUCGCAGACGAACACCCACGCCGCAGAUUGAAUGAAGUGAAAAAACGUGAUUGAGUGUCUUGGUAACAAAAGUGGGGUUAUGAACGUGCGUUAAGAGUCGUUCCGAAAUAGCAUGUGUAUAUGUAGGAAGACAUUUUCCGCCAACAGUGCAUUUGCUUUCGUAAAUCAUCGUGUCGUCUUAAGAGCCCAUCUGUGACCUCUGACAAAAAUCAUUGUGUAAUGUGUUGUUACAAUCGUUGUGAUAUUUAAUUAUCGAACAAUUGCAGAUAUUAUUAAAUAUUGAAUAAACUACAUCAGAU